AUGUUGGCUAUUAGUUCUGAAAAGAAACUUGUUCUUAUUCUAUUGAUGUUUUUCAUCAUUUUGGGAAUUUCUGCUGCUCCGAUUCAUAGAAAUGAGGUAGGAUAUUUUAAUAUUUGAGGGAUUUUUGGAGCCACAAGGAAAAAAAACUUUUCGAAAAAAAAUUUUGAAGGUUUUUUUUCUGAAACAGUAAAAUAUUUCCUAGGUUUCAAUUUUUCCCCAGAUUUUUGAUAAAACAUUUUUCGGUAUUCUAAAAAAAACUUUCGAUUUAAUUUUUUUUCAAAUUUUAAUUCAAAACCUCCGAUUUCCCCCGGAAAUUACAUAGACAGGUCAAAAAUUUGUUGUCGUCUAAUCAUCAAAAAAAUUGAUAAGGCUCUUAAUUUAGGUCUCGCAAUUUUCCGAAAAAAAAAGCAUGCUAUUUUUAGUCACAAGGAUUUCCUCAUACUUUCUUUCUUUUUUCAGACAUUGUUCACCGCACUUGCAAAAUUCCACUUCUCCGAUCAUUUUCCCUCAAACUUCAGACAACUCAUUUGCGAUUUUCUCAUCGAAGUCGGAUAUUUCGGCAUCUUUCUUUUGAUUGUUUUCACGGUGUUUUAUUUCUUGUUGUCUCUGUAUAAUCAGUGA